CCACAAAGAAAGCAACCUGCCCUAAGCAGAUGCAAUUGUGCGUGUAUGUGUGUGACAAAAGAUCGCGACAUAUUCAAGUUCACGAGCAAAAGCAACACCGUGCGGGCGGAACCACGCAGUCCUCGCCUGAGCUUCCAGGCACGUCAGCCUGCCCACGGAGCGGCCCUCCGCGGGGCCCCGGGACACCCGCAGACGCCCCACGCAGGAGACACUGCCGGGUCGCCCCGGCCUCGGGGCGUCCAGAGGACUCCCCCGGUCUCCCAACUCCAGACCCUGGGACGCCUGCCCUCUUGGAGUCUCCACGCCGCUCAUCCCCAACGGUGACCACUUGGGCCCCAGCCCGCACCGUGCUCACCGCCCAUGGUCCCGGCCGGGCCCGAGCUCCGCCGCUGCGCGCCCUAUUCUGCGCUCGCCGCCUGCUCCGCCCGGCGCGAGGGCCGCGCGCACGGACCACGGGACAGCGCGACAGCCCACAGCGCCCCCUGCUGAUCUCGCCGCGCUCGGGGCUCGGCCCGCUGGGCACCAGGCGCGUUUGAGCUCCGCCCCGGAGGCGCCGAGGCGGGGC